UUUCUGCAGCGGUGAGGGCAGGUUGGCCGGGCCUGGCGUCCGCCCUUCCGUGAGCAAAGUUCCAAUGGCUGCCUGUGCGUCCUCUCGCGGCGCGUGGGCUUCGGGGCCUCGCAGAAACCGCCCCAGAGCAAGCGAGGCCGGAUCCUCCUGCUGACCUAAAACUUUGGUCCCGAUCGCCUCCCGCGUCCGGUACCGACCUUUGUGAUACUGAGUCCCGGGCCUGGGUGCAGCGUGAAGGUCCCCGCGGGGUCUGCGGUGGGCAUGACUCCCUGAAACACUAGGACUUCACCCCUCAUCCGCACGCCUCCCCCUUCCUCUCAGAGGCAUUCUCUUUUGGUCAAUGCCAGGAUCCUUGUAAGCAUCUGUAAACUCCACGUGUGGAGACACCCAACGCUGUAGGGACACGGUUCACCUGGGACUCUCCACCCGCUGUGUGCGAAUAGGUCAGAUAGGCUCUGGGGACAAGGGAAAUGGAGGACUGUCGUGAGGAUCAGACAGAGCAGUGCUUAAAGAGGUUGCGGUGAGGAGCUUGAGAACAGCCAGAGGUGUCACCUAAACUGAGUGGGCCACAGGUGGCAGUGGGUGACAGACAGGUUCCAUAGCACUCAUGGCUCUUCUUCUCGUAGCUUCUAAGGAUCCUGCUUUUCCAAGCCCAGAAGACAGUACGUGAAGCCAGGGACAUCAGCCAUGCUGCAAACAGCUUGGCCCCAGGAGUUGGUGUCCUUUGAGGAUGUGGCUGUGUACUUCACCCAGAGUCAGUGGGCCAGCCUGGAGCCUGAGCAGAGAGCCCUGUACAAAGACGUGAUGCUGGAGAAUUAUGCAAAUGUGGCUUCCCUGGCAGGUCCUUUCCACACACCUGUUCUUAUCUCCCUGCUGGAGAGAGGGGAAGCACCAUGGGGCACAGAUCCCUGGGCCCCAGAGGAUCUGAAAGGCGUCAGUCUUGGUGAUGAAGCCUGGAUCAAGAAUGAAGAGACCCUUAUAAAGCAGGAAGCCUCUGAAGAGAUGGGGUUGCACAGAACAUCAGGGGAAAGACUCCCCAGAAACCUUUCUCAGCAUUUUGAUGCUAAAAGUAAGACAGUAAGGCCUACUUUCAGUCUAAAUCCAAAUCUGAUACUUCGUGGUGGCAUGAAGUUCUAUGAAUGUAAAGAAUGUGGGAAAAUCUUCCGAUAUAACUCAAAACUUCUUCGACAUCUGAUGAGUCACACAGGGGAGAAGCCCUUCAAAUGUAAGCAGUGUGGCAAGGCUUUCAAAUCUAGCUAUGACUGUAUUGUCCAUGAGAAAAACCACUUUGGGGAGGGGCCCUAUGAAUGUAAGGAGUGUGGAAAAGGGUUGAGUUCCAACACAGCCUUAACUCAGCACCAGAUGAUCCACACUGGAGAGAAGCCCUAUGCAUGCAAGGAGUGUGGCAAGGCCUUCCGCAGGAGUGCAACCUUUCUGCAGCACCAGAGGUUACACACGGGGGAAAAACUCUAUCAGUGCAAGGAGUGCUGGAAAGCUUUUGGUUGUAGGUCACUUUUUAUUGUCCAUCAGAGAAUUCAUACUGGGGAAAAACCCUACCAAUGUAAGGAGUGUGGCAAAGCAUUCACUCAGAAAAUAGCAUCUGUUCAGCACCAGAGAGUUCACACUGGGGAGAAGCCUUAUGACUGUAAGGUGUGUGGGAAAGCUUUCAAAUGGUAUGGAAGUUUUGUUCAGCAUCAGAAAUUGCACCCCGUGGAGAAGAAGCCCCUGAAGGCUCUUCGGCCAAGCCUGGACAGUCCCCAGUGCCUGUCUCCAACCUUAGCUCUGGUGCCUCUCCAGGGGAUGGGCUCUGCUCCAGCAGUAGCUGUGCCUCCCCUGACCAUUCCACAUGCAAUACUCAUUCCUACCUCUGGGCCUUUCUUCAUGCUGCUGCCCACAUCUGGAAUGCCUUCACCUCCCCAGAUAGUGCGUGUCUUCCAAAGCCCUGCUCCCACUGUGAAGCCUUCCCCUAUUAUUCUGAUCCCUUCUUCUCAGCCCUCUCGAGCUUUGUCAUAGCCCCCCCUCCCUUCCUGGCUCUUAGGAUGAGCAAAUCUCUAACCCAAAUUUUUAUUUUUAUUUUUUAAUUCAUGUUAUAUGUUAAAGCUAUUUCACCAGAAGCUCCAUUGUAAUCUGUAUACAUUGAAAGACUAUGUUUAUAUAUCGUUUUUUGUCUGGGUAGAAAGAGGAAAUACUGGACUUUUGCACUGGUCCCUUUCAACUUGCGCAAUUGUGGCUGUGCGCACAACUGUGGCAUAGAUUGGUGGUGGUAGCAGAAUUGAUAGGUCACUUAGGUGUGUGAGGAGCGGAUUAAAGCCUAUGAGAACUAGACACAAGUAAGGCAAGAUGCAGUUAAUUUCUUUUACCUGUAGGCCGAGAUAGGCACAUUUCCUCAGCCACGAAACAGGGAAAGGCAGAACAGCUGGGUCUUCUAAGCUGUGUUCA